ACGUGCACACCGCACCAGUUUAGUUUAGUGCUUUUUGAUUUCUCAUUGAUUGUACGUGAUUAAACAUUCGAUUUAUAGCAUGAGUUUCGCCGGACCGAAAUCCGUCAUCGAGGAAGGAGACACGGUUAUCGUAUACCUCACGGUGACGAACUUGUACGCGAUCGAAGCCGUUCCGCAAAUUAAGAACAAGAAGGGUGAAUUGGUCGAGCACGUCUUCCAGACGAAUUUCGGCGCCCUGAAAGUGAAGGACAUCAUCGGUGUUCAGUAUGGAUCGAAGGUGGAACUCUCCAGAGGCUGGGCCCACGUCCUGCAGCCCAAUGCGGAACUGUGGACUCAAACCUUGCCGCAUCGUACGCAAAUUCUCUACACACCGGACAUCAGUAUGAUCCUGUACCAGCUAGAAGUCAAACCCGGUAGCGUUGUGGUCGAAUCGGGAACCGGUUCCGGAUCGCUUUCGCACUAUUUCCUACGGGCCAUCCGACCGACCGGAUUCCUCUUUACCUUUGACUUUCACGAGGAACGGGUACAGAAAGCUCAAGAUGAAUUCAACUCGCACGGGUUGGGCGAUUACGUUAAGGUGACGCACCGGGAUGUUUGCGAGGAGGGAUUUGGUGAAGAAGUCGCCGGCAAAGCUGAUGCCGUAUUCCUGGAUCUACCGGCCCCCCAGCUGGCAAUACCAUACGCGGUUAAAGCCAUGAAGGAUGCAGGUGGUCGCCUCUGCUCGUUCUCCCCGUGCGUCGAACAAUCGCUCCGGGUAUGCGAAGCACUCGAGCAGUACGGAUUUGUGGAUGUUGUCAAUCUGGAAGUGCUGCAGGUGGAAGAUAUCGUUCGGACGAAAAACGUACCCGUAAUGGAUCUGGAGUUUUUGAAGCAGAAGAAAGCCGAUACGGAUUCGAAGGAUGCCAAAACGCCGAAGGAGACGAAAAAGUACAUCACCUCCAGCGCACCGAACACGAUGGCCGGACACACGGGAUACUUGACGGUGGCGGAACUGCCUCCGCUGUUUGCGCGGUAGCUUUGUCGAUACGAACGGUACAUAUUUCCUAAGAUGCUGUAAUGUUAAUUGUUCUGCCUGUCGGUAUUUUAUGAGAUAAAUAAGCAGAUCAUUUCUCAAUUUGGUAAACCCUAUGCUGUUGAGCGAUACCUAUUACAAUACUCUUUUUACAGCUUCAAUCCCAGCUUGUUCUCACUCGUCUCGUUAAAGGUAUACUUGUUGGCCGUCCAUUGUUCUUCUAUAUUCGGGAGUAUCCGCUGCUCUGAUCUCACCGAAUGACCUUCC